UUAACAUCCCUGGCGGUAUUCCUGAGUGUAGCUCGGGGUAAAGUUUCAGCACCACAACCGGUAACCCCGAGCUACAUUCGGGAAUACCAUGCAGCGUUGCUCUGGGAUCUCUUCUGCACUUACCUUGUCCUGCGCUCCCGCGAUGUCCCCCCUGCAGCGUCCCCGGCACUAUCCUCCAGCCGAUGCCAGCAUCUGUCUUCCGGGUUCCGUUCCCUGCGAUGUCGGGACGUACGGGGACGGAACUGUGGGAAAUUUAAAAAUGUCAAAAAUAAAACAUUAUGUAUCAAACCAUUUCACAUACAUUUUGUCCCGAGUGCUUUGUCCUGUGCCCUGCCUGUAUUUUUACCGUUCUUUCUACCUGGAAACUGAGAAAAGUCCAUGGCGUCCAAAAAGCAUCCCUUUAGGUCAAAUGCGGUUUUAGACCGGCUAGAGAACAGUGAUAGUAAAUAAGAACCACUUGCAGAAUUGA